AUCAAGUCGACUGUGACAAUGUGCAGGAAAACGUAUAUAUGGAAGAAAUAGAUGAUGACACAGCCAUACUUCUGCAAGUUGUUGAGGAUGAUGAGGAUAAUACCGAAAAUAAUAAAACGGACUGGGGUAACUAUAAACCAGAAGAUUUUAAGAAACCUUUACAUCCAAAACUAUUACCAAAGCAAAAAAAAUGAAUCAUCAUCAAGGAAGGUGCCUUUAAAUGAAACUACAGCUACUGAUGAUAAUUUAUUUUCAACAGCACAUUGGACUAGUAGAAAUAGACCUGUUAUUUCUACUUUAGCUUCUUCAGAGUUAUCAAAAAAAUACAAUAAGCUUGCCGAACUGAAAAUUGAAUUGGUACAAGUAGAAUUGGAUAGACUUAAAGCUGAACAGGAAAUUAAAAAAGAAAGAGAUUUAGUAGAAUUUGAAUUGAGAAGGAAAUUUUUAGAACUAGACUUGAAAAUUAAACACAUAUUUUUAGAAAAAAUGGGGUCAGAAGUGAACCCAUUCAGUUUUAAUUUCAAUUCUUAACUUUGUUCUAUUCUUCUGAUAAGUUGAGUGGUAGACUUAUA